AUGGCUGAAUUGCUCUAUUCAAAAACAAGCGAGCAAUGGCUCGAGCUGCUUGGUCAUUACACAGCAGUUACACUCAAAAACCAGAAAACCAUCACUGGCUAUCUCUACACCAUUGAUCCCGCAUCCCAGCAUGUCGUCAUGUACGAUAACAAGGAUCAACGCGUUGUGGUGGUCAUGAACAGCUCCAUUCGAGAUGUAGAUGUUGAUAGUCAAGAUUGUAUUGAUUUGCACAUCAUCGAUGCUGCAUUAAAGUACCAGCAGGAAAAUCAGUAUACAGCUGAAUGGCUUGAGAAGAGACGGCAAGGCCUGAUCCAACAUUUGGAAAAGCAUCGUAUACCAAUCCAAUGUCAAGUAAAUGAACCUGUGAUCCAUGUCUUGGGGUGUGCACGUGUGGAAUCUCCCUACGCGGCGACUAGUGUUGUAUGUGAUAAUGCCCUGAUUCGCAAGCGCGUGCGUGAUAUAGUAUUGGACUUCUUUAAUAGCAGUGGUAGUAGCAAUGAUGGUGAACGUGAGGAAUAA